AGAGGAUUUUCAUAUUUGUGCCUACACAUCUCUCUUUCCCUCUCUCUCUCUCUCUCUCUCUCUCUCUCUCUCUCUCUCUCUUUCUCUUUCUCUCUCUCUCUCUCUCUCUCUCUCAAGAUGACAGUCGAAUUCAAGGUCAAGCUCGUCGCCAAAGAAACCAUCAGGCCGUCAUCUCCAACACCAGACCACGAGAAAAAUUUCAAGCUCUCCGUCUUCGAUCAACUCACUCCCAUCCUCUACACCUCCGUCCUCCUCUUCUAUGCCUCGAACGCGAGCACCUCAUCUCGCCACCAGUCGAGUCGUCUCAAGUCGUCGCUAUCGAAGGUGCUCGCUCACUUCUACCCCCUUGCCGGGAGGAUCAGGGACAACCUCUACAUCGACUGUGAUGACAGCGGCGCCGAGUUUGUUGAAGCCAAAGCAAACUGCCCUCUCUCCCAUAUCCUCGACCGCCCCUGCCCGGCCUUGCUGCGUAAGCUCCUCCCCAUCAACACCGAGUCUCCAGAGGCCUCCACCGGACGCCUCAUGCUCAUCCAGGCAAAUACCUUUGGCUGCGGUGGCCUCGCCAUUGGGGUCUGCCUCUCCCACAAGAUCGCCGACGCCACCACCCUAAGAACCUUCAUCAAGGGGUGGUCCGCUGCUGCCUUCCUCGGUGAAGUCAGCGCUGGUAUUGAGAUCCCACCGCUAGACACGGCGUCGGCGCAGUUCCCGCCGCUGGCAGAAUUAGCUGCCACCUCACCCGUGGUGGUGCUCCCGAAAGUGAGGUGCACGACGAGGAGGUACGUGUUCGAUCCCACCGAGAUUACCCCGCUUGCUGCCAGUGAGGCCGUGCCGGAGCCAACUCGAAUUGAGGCCGUGGUGGCCCUCGUGUGGAGGUGUGUGGCCCGAGCUUCAAGGAAGAACGAUCCUGGGCGGCAAUCACUGCUGUCCCAAGCGGUGAACCUCCGGGGAAGGCUCCCAGAGCCACUCCCGGAGACCACGGUGGGUAACUUCGUAGGAGGUUUCAAGGUGGAGAUCGUCCCCUGGGCGGAGGAGAGCGAGAUAGAGCUGAAGAAGUUGGUGAGCCACAUGAGGGAGGCAAAGAGGGAGUACUUCGCGAGCUACACACCAAGGUUGAGCGGUGGCGGAGAGAGCUGCCUGGCGAUAGUCGAGGCUGCCGCCAAGUUCGGCAUGCUGAUCAACAGCGGAGCCGUCGACUUCUACAACUGCAGCAGCUGGUGCGGGCUCGGGCUCUAUGACGCUGCAGACUUCGGGUGGGGGAGGCCGGCAUGGGUUAGCCUUGUGGGUGUAGAGUACAAGAACAGCAUUGUCCUGGUGGACGCGAGGGACGGCGACAUGGUUGAGGUCUGGCUGACGUUGAGCCAAGCCGACAUGGAUGCGCUUGACGCCGACGGGGAGCUGCUCCGUUUCGCUUCCUUGAACCCCAGCGUCUCCGGCUCGUCCAUUCCGUGAGAAUUUAUUGCUCUGAGUGUGUAAAAACCCGACAAAAUAUCACAUAGAAUUGUUCAAUAUCGACAUGGCAUGACAAGAUAGAUUCCGAGAUUCAAAAGGAUACAAACUAGAAAAGAACAAAUCUGGUGAAUAAAAUUAAUACAAACUCGAAUGAGCUUACUUAAUUUUUUUCUUUUUUUGGGGUGUGGACGCGUGGUUGAUAGAUAAC